GAGAGAUCUAGCAAGAGGGUGAAUAAGAAUAAGAGGGAAAGAGAGAAGGAAUUUAUUAAGAAAGUGAGGGGGGACAUUCUCAAGUUCUCCUUUGCCUCCUUAUAUGGUCAAACCAUGACGGUGGAAUCAGUGGGCAAGAGGGGAGUAGGUCAGAACUCAGAAAGAAAGAGAGAAGGAAGAAUGAGAGCGAGAGGAAAGUGGUGAGAAGUGUAGAGGAGAGAGGUAUGCAGCGUCGUGUGCUUGGAACACUGGGGACUUCCAGAGGCAGCCGGCCACACACACACACACACACACACACACACACACAGGUCAGCAGAGUGACAGGCCAAACACAGAGGGAUAACCAGAGGUUUAUCAGGGGCUGGACUGCAGACAGCUGCAAAGCUUGGGAUUCCAGGUGCAAAGAUGACGGAGCGCUAUGACUGCCACUACUGUAAGGAAUCCCUGUUCGGGAAGAAAUACGUCCUGAGAGAGGAGAACCCAUACUGUGUCAAAUGCUACGAGAGCCUGUACUCAAACACCUGUGAGGACUGCAAGAAACCCAUCGGCUGCAACACCAGGGACCUUUCCUAUAAGGACCGCCACUGGCACGAGGAGUGUUUCCAGUGCUUCCAGUGUAAACGCUCUCUGGUGGACAAGCCCUUCUCCACCAAGGAUGACCAGCUGCUCUGCACUGAGUGCUACUCCAAUGAGUACUCCUCCAAGUGCCACGAGUGCAAGAAGACCAUCAUGCCUGGUUCCAGGAAGAUGGAGCAUAAGGGUAACAGCUGGCAUGAGACCUGCUUCACCUGCCAGCGUUGCCAGCAGCCCAUCGGCACCAAGAGCUUCAUCCCCAAGGAGAACCACAACUUCUGUGUGCCCUGCUACGAGAAACAGUUUGCCAUGCAGUGUGUGCACUGCAAGAAGCCCAUCACUACUGGCGGGGUGACCUAUCGCGACCAACCCUGGCAUAAGGACUGCUUCCUUUGCACCGGCUGCAAGCAGCAGCUGUCUGGCCAGCGGUUCACCUCCCGUGACGACUUUGCCUACUGCCUCAACUGUUUCUGCAACCUGUAUGCCAAGAAGUGUGCUUCCUGCACCACCCCCAUCAGCGGUCUGGGUGGCAGUAAGUACAUCUCGUUUGAAGAGCGCCAGUGGCACAAUGACUGCUUCAACUGUAAGAAGUGCUCCGUCUCCCUGGUGGGCCGGGGUUUCCUCACCGAGCGUGACGACAUCCUGUGCCCCGAGUGUGGCAAAGACAUCUGACAGACAUCUGACAGGCAGCGAGUGGCCGACACGUCUGAUUGGAAAUUAACGAAACAACCAGGAAGUAACAACGACCUAUCAGAGCACAACUGAGUAUCACUGUAUAUAUAUAUAUAUAUAUACAUAUACAUAUACACACACACACACACACAGUUAAAGUCGGAAGUUUACAUACAUCUUUGCCUAAUACAUUUAAACUCAGUUUUUUAUAAUUCCUGACAUUUAAAUCCUAGUAAAGAUUCCCUGUCUUAGGUCAGUUAGGUUCACCACUUUAUUUUAAGAAUGUGAAAUGUCAGACUAAUGGUAGAGAGAAUGAUUUAUUUCAGCUUUUAUUUCUAUCAUCACAUUCCAGGUGGUUCAGAAGUUUACAUACACUCAAUUAGUAUUUGGUAGCAUUGCCUUUAAAUUGUUUAACUUGGGUCAAACAUUUCGGGUAGCCUUCCACAAGCUUCCCACAGCAAGUUGGGUGAAUUUUGGCCCAUUCCUCAUGACAGAGCUGGUGUAACUGAGUCAGGUUUGUAGACCUCCUUGCUCUCACACGCUUUUUCAGUUCUGCCCACACAUUCAGUUCUGCCACUCCCAAUACCUUGACUUUAUUGUCCUUAAGCCAUUUUACCACAAUUUUGGAAGUAUUCUUGGGAACAUUGUACAUUUGGAAGACCCAUUUGCGACCAAGCUUUAACUUCUGAUGUCUUGAGAUAUAUCAAUUUUUCCACAUAAUUUCCCUACCUCAUGAUGCCAUCUAUUUUGGGAAGGACACCAGUCCCUCCCUCCUGCAGCAAAGCUGCCACCCCCAUACUUCACGGUUGGAUUGGUGUUCUUCGGUUUGCAAGCCUCCCCCUUUUUCCUCGAAACAUAACAAUGGUCAUUAUGGCCAAACAGUUCUAUUUUUGUUUCAUCAGACCAGAGGACAUUUCUCCCAAAAUUACGAUCUUUGUCCCAAUGUGCAGUUGCAAACCGUAGUCUGGCAUUUUCAUGGCAGUUUUGGAGCAGUGGCUUCUUUCUUGCUGAGCAGCCUUUCAGGUUAUGUCGAUAUAGGACUCGUUUUAAUGUGGAUAUAGAUAAUUUUGUACCUGUUUCCUCCAGCAUCUUCACAAAGUCCUUUGCUUUUGUUCUUGGAUUGAUUUGCACUUUUCACACCAAAGUACGUUCAUCUCUAGGAGAAAGAACGCGUCUCCUUCCUCAGCGGUAUGAUGACUGCGUGGUCCCGUGGUGUUUAUACUUGUGUACUAUUGUUUGUACAGAUGAACGUGGUACCUUCAGGCAUUUGGAAAUGUCUCCCAAGGAUGAACCAGAUUUGUGGAGGUCUAAAAAGAUUGAGGUCUUGGCUGAUUUAUUUUGAUUUUCCCAUGAUGUCAAGCAAAGAGGCACUGAGUUUGAAGGUAGGCCUUGAAAUACAUCCACAGGUACACCUCCAAUUGACUCAAAUGAUGUAAAUUGGCCUAUCAGAAGCUUCUAAAGCCAUGACAUCAUUUUCUGGAAUUUUCCAAGCUGUUUAAGGCACAGUCAACUUAGUGUAUGUAAACUUCUGACCCACUGGAAUUGUAAUACAGUGAAUUGUAAGUGAAAUAAUUUGUCAACAACUGUUGGAAAAUUGUAGUGUCAUGCACAAAGUAGAUGUCCUAACCGACUUGCCAAAACUAUAGUUUGUUGUCAAGAAAUGUGUGGAGUGGUUGAAAAAUGAGUUUUAAUGACUCCAACCUAAGUGUAUGUAAACUUCCGCCUUCAACUGUGUGUAUAUAU